GGGUGCAGGCGCUGGCACUGCAUGUUGGUUCACAUUUAUAAGGGAUUUGAUUGGUCUCGUGAGUUGGAGCUGGUCGGGGGUUUCUGCCGCCCCCGGUCGCUGGCUCGACGUGGUACAACCCGGUAAUUUAAGGUGCUGCCAAUUGCCCACUAACCCAACGACGCAGGGAACCGGCUGGGGUUUUUUUUUGUUGCGCUUGAAUAAAAUCGGUACCACCCUCCUAACACCUAACACAGAGAGAGAAUAAAAAACGCCCGAGGCUGACCUGACUGAGCAGAUGGACAGCGAAGGAGCGCAGCAAAGUACUAAUCUGCCACAAAUGGAUUCGUCAUCACCAUCUCCUAACCCAGUUUCACCAGUGCCACUGAAUAAUAGCAAUCCAACCAGUGCCCCGAGAUUUGGAACAGUCAUUCCUAAUCGGAUCUUUGUAGGAGGAAUCGAUUUUAAAACAAAUGAAAAUGAUCUAAGAAAGUUUUUUGCACAGUAUGGAACUGUUAAGGAAGUAAAAAUAGUAAAUGACAGAGCUGGAGUUUCUAAAGGGUAUGGCUUUAUUACCUUUGAAACCCAAGAAGAUGCUCAAAAAAUUUUACAAGAGGCUGAAAAGUUGAAUUAUAAGGAUAAAAAACUGAAUAUUGGUCCUGCAAUAAGAAAGCAGCAAGUGGGGAUACCACGAACAAGCUUAAUGCCAGCAGCUGGGACAAUGUACUUAACCACUUCAACAGGAUACCCAUACACAUACCACAAUGGAGUGGCUUAUUUCCACAGCCCAGAAAUUGCCUCUGUUCCACAACCUUGGCCUCCUCGCUCUAUUUCUAGCUCACCUGUAAUGGUGGCUCAUCAAGCUCCGCCAAUUUACCAGCAGCCAGCAUACCAUUAUCAGGCACCUGCACAUUGUCUUGCAGGGCAGUGGCAGUGGGGAUUACCACAGUCACCAGCCUCCACAGCUUCUGUGCUAUAUUUACAACCAUCUGAGAUAAUAUAUCAACCUGUGGAAAUGCCUCAAGAUGGAGGAUGUGCACCACCCCCACUUCCAGUGAUGGAAGCCUCAAUGCCAGAGGCCUAUGCAGAUCACAGUGUUCAAGCACCAUACCAUCAGGUAUACACUCAAAGUCCCAUGGCAGUCGCAGCCCCCGUCAUGCAGCAGGAACAGGUGAAGGAAUCUAGGUUGCAUCCUGUCAGACGGAAUUUUUCUCAGCCUCCACCAGUUGGAAUUAAACCCCGUUACACACGCAGUCCACAUUACCAUAUGAGAAAGGAGUAUAGGGCAGAAGAUUCUAUUCUUACUCCACCUUCUUCAACUGAAUCUGUUAAGUAAACAAAUUUGUAAAAACCAUUGUUAAAUGAAAAUACAUACGUAUGAAAGAAGGCAUAUACAAGUCUUAAUUCUCAAAAAUGCAUGUAACAAGUGAUUCUUAAAGAUCUGAAAAUGUAAUUGGUUAAAUGGUGUAGGUUUAAAUACACUAUACUGUAAAUCAGAAGAAAGUUAUUGUUAUCGAACAUGCCACAGUCUAAAUAUGUCUGCAUUUUAUACUUCAAACUGAAGAGAUCUUGCAGUGUAAGUUAAACCAGAAUAUUUUUAAGAAUCAUGGCAACAAUGUGAAUUCUUAGAAGUUGCAAAUAAUCCAGACCAGGCAUAAUAUGUGGCUGUUGGGUACAGUACAGUAGUUAUGCUGAUUUUGAGAAACAGCAGGAGGUUAAAAGAAGACAUUUAUUUAAUAGGAAGAAGAAAAUAAGCCACAGUUUUGAGCUUGAAUGAGGCACCUCUAAUUUUUAAAGAAUUUUAAUGUUUACAAAUUUUUACACACCUUUGUAUUAUUUGCCUUUUCCAUCAACCUGUUUGGGAUUUUUUUUUAACCAUUUGUGUUAUGUGUCUUAUUUAUAGCAAUUUCAUUUAUAUUAUUUAUGUGGAAAAAGCUUAAAUUAUAAUAUGUUAAUUUACACUAGAUUCUUUUACCCUUUCUUACAAAGUAACUUAGAAUUUACUUAAUGUGUAAGUCUUGAGUAAAAGCUCUUGAGUUUUGGACCACUUUUGCACACAGUAACUUUUUAUUGUGUUGCCUUUAUACAUAUCCUAAAAUGUACAUUUUUUUUCAUAGAUAAACAAUUAAUGUAGUAUAAUGUUGAGGUAUUACUGUUUUAUUGUAGUUUGGAUUGUUUAUUGUAGCUUAGAUAUAGUUAAAUAAUUAUUAGAGUUCUAGAUGUAAGGUAAAUUGGUGCAUCCUAAAUAAUCAACUGGCAUUGUAACAUUUCAGUGCCGUAAUAUUUCAUCGUAAGAGGAGGCAUCUGUGAGUGCAUGUGUUCUAUUCAAAAUAGUUCUUCAAUUCCAUUUGACAAUGUAAGCAUUCAUGUCAAGAUUUUUUGUUAAAAAUUGGCGAUAUUCAAUAAUUAGUAUACUCUGAGACCAUGGAGUUGAUUGUAACUGUUCCUGCAAGACAGGAAAUGGCAGCAAUUAGUAGAUCAUCUGAUUUACACACCAACCACAUUUCCUUUCUAGUAAAAGUCAAAUGGAACGCAAAAUAGGCUAGGGUGUUAUUAGGGAGCUAAUGUUACUAGGUUUUCCAUUUCUUCCCACCCAUCCCCAAAAUGAUCUUUUGUUGAUACAGAUUUUUGAACAACAUUCUGCAUGGCCGCUGAAGAACUGUGUCCCAAACAUUCUGUGUGUUUCCUAGGUUAAAUUCAUUAUUGGUUUAGUAUUCCACAGAACCAACUGCUGGUGAGUUCAUUUUAGGAAGGUAUCGCCGUGGUGGGAGAUUUUGAAAUCAUAUUUGUAGCUUUUGAAUUACUCUUAGGUGUAUUUGCAAUUUGAAGCAUAAAACUCAACACACAUUUUAAAUAUUAGUAUCGCAGAUCAAUCCAUAUAAUACUGGGUAGUUGGUUUCUUUAUGUAGAAGAACCUCCCUUUGUUCUAAUUAUUUUUGUUCCUUGCAAUGCUGUAAAAAUUGUUUUAUAGCAAUUGAGAACGAUACCUUUGGUGCACCAAACUUAGAUCUGUCAUUGCGAUCUCGCAACUUGAAGACUGAACCUUUUACAAAUGUAAUUAUCCACUGAUUCCUAGACAUAUAACAUUCCUGCAAUUAUUGUUGAACUUUGCACAUAUUUCCAGCCGAAGACCCCCAACCCCUGCUCCUGUGAAACAUGCGGAACCCAAAUCUUGGCAUUUCAGUGCACUCUAAUCAUCUAUAUUUAUUGGAGUCUAGCUUGCAUCAACUGGAGCAUUCCAGCCUACUAUCCACAAAGCAAAAAGAAAGAUCAAUAUUGAAAAUAGACUUCUGCAAGGAACUGAGGUUUAAUCAGUUUGUCAGCUGAUCUCAGCAGAGAUAGUCAGCAACUGGAUUAGGCAUAGUAAAACAUUAAACCAUGGCUCCCUUGGUUAAUUUCUAUUAAGCAAAUGGUAAAGCAUGAAUAAUGAUUGUUUGAAUGAGAUACUAGAUAGCAACUGUAUCCCAAUGCUGCCUUCUGGAAAGGGAGUAAAAAAUGAGGACUCGGGGGAGGGAG